CCAUUAUCCGGGGUCCUACUCCGAGGCGGCGCUGUCGCGCCUGUAACAAGCGCCCGUGCAUUGUCGUGCCCCGCGCCGCCUUUUUGAUAUCACUUACACGACAUCAGCACCACUGCCGCAGCUUCUUGAUCGCCUCGCCGGCACCGCCGCUCCUCCAUGCCCCGCGGCGCUUAUAUAGCGCGUUCGCGGUGCCCUCUUUCGCCCACUCACAGCGCCCAGCACCCCCGCUCGGCGCUCAGGUUCUGUCCGGUUCACAUACAAGGUCUUCAUCUGCUUUCGUCGGCCCUCUCCAGCUUUCGAAACUCCUCACGACUUUGAUACUCAUUCCUAAUCUGCAACCAUGGUUUACGGUGUUCGUUCGCGCAAGUUUUGCUGCUGCCUUCCGGUCCGCCUUGGCGUCUUUGUCAUGACCCUCUUUGGCGUUUGCGGUGGUGGUCUCAUCGCGGGUGUAUCUUGGUACACGCUCGCUCACAAGGAAUCCAACUACGCGGCAAGAGUAGAUUCCACCGAACUCAAAGUCGGCGCAGCCAUAUAUACGCUCCUGACACUCAUAUGCCUCUUCGGGCUGAUCGGCUGCGUCUUCCGCCUCCGUGGGCUCGUGCGCAUAUUCCUCUUCAUGCUCGCGCUGCACUUCAUCGUGAGCGUGGGCACCGGCAUCUGGAGCCUCGUCCAGUUCUUCCACGACAGCAAGCAGGAAUGGAUCGACAAGUGCAUCGACAGCUUCCAGGACUGGGAGUCUACGAACAAGAACUCGGACGUGGACGAGCAGAAUCUUUGCAAGGCGGCGUAUAGUGCGGCGCGCUGGAGUGUUCCCGUUGUGUGGGUCAUCGCCUGGAUCCUCGAGCUUUAUGGUCUGAUCAUCGUCGACAACUACGUCGACCAGCUCACGGACGAGCGCCGCGCCAAGGAAUCUCGCUACGUAGCCUUGGACGAGGCGAAGGUCGGCCUUGUCCGCAGCCCCCACAGCCCCGUGUAAGCUUGAAGGGUUCGGACCACCUACGCCUGAAGGGCCGAGCCACCUCCGGAGGAUGUACAUCAAAGAGGUUAGACUGCGUCGCGUCCCGGACUCUUCCACUGCUACUUCCAGCACGCUAUCCCUCACGCAUUAGUUUUGAGCGUCACCCUUAUUUAUACCAGCACUGUAUCAUAGCCUCGUCGACAGUCUAUCCGCAUCCGUAAUCACUAUAUUCUGAAUCGUCUUUCGAGUGUG